GAUGUAACACAUCGUGACGUGACCUUCCACUAAUGAAGCUUGUAAAACGACACACGUGGAUAUUUCUUGGUGAUUGCUUUUAAGUUGAGCGACACAAUGUCAUUUGUGAUAGUUUAAGGAAAAGCGAGCACGGAAGAGCCGGUCCGGUAACGAUAUUUUUGGGAUUCCAUCUUGUUUUCCCCCAAAUAACGGCGACUUUUUAGACGGAAGCAACGUUUUAGCUUCAUUUUCACGAUGUUACGGCUGUUUACAUCCAGGCAUUGUAGUUUAUUUUUUAAAAGUACAUUUCUAACACCCCAAAAAGAACUGAGCCGUUCACUGUGGUUUAACACAGUUAAAUUUGACAGAGCAUCUAUUCUACAUCGUCACUUGUGCACCAAGAGCUCCAUAGAUGCCCCCAACACUGAAGGAGUUCAAUCUGAGCAGUCCGAAGUAAUCGAUCUGGACAAAUGGAAGUAUGUAAUGAAAUCUCAAGCUUCAUUUCAGGAGCAGAGACUUUCUGGAAACGAGGGACCAAGUGAAGAUGCUGGUAUCCUGAAUGAAAGUGGUGCAGAUUUAAAGGACAGCUCCUCCCUGGAUGCAACUCGGGAACUGGUUUCAAUGUGGCGACAAGCUGGGAAGCUUGUGCCUCAAGAGAUGACUGAGGAGGAGGUACGAUUACUGGCUGAUCUCACCACCAAGGCCUCACGUAAGAAGUACCUGAAGUACCUGGCAAUCAAGGAAGGCCACAAACUGUCACGCAAGGAAAAGCAGCAGAAAAAAAAGGCUGAAAGAGAAGCUUCAGUUAAAGAGAAAAGAGAGCUGGACAUAGGAGAAAAUCAAGAUGGCCACAACUUUAAAAACACAAUAAUUCUCCAGUUCUGGGAUCGCUCCUUGGACAAACUGCUGGCUUGGAGAACCGCCCAAGCAAUGAUUUUUGGACAACCUCUUGUGUUUGACAUGAGCUAUGAGUCCAACAUGUCCAGACGGGAGUUAGAAAACACAGUGUCUCAACUGUUGGAGGUGGAAGGGUGGAACCGGCGUGCCCCUGAUCCCUUUCACCUCCACUUCUGCAACCUGCAGCCAGAUGGGACCUACAAGAAGGAGCUGGUCAAGCGGUAUGGUGAAGAAACCUGGGAACGGCUGCUUAUCACCACCACCAAGCAGCAUUAUAUUGAACUGUUCCCCAGAGAACAGCUCGUAUAUCUCACAGCAGACUCUCCUAAUGUCCUCCGUACCUUUGAUCAUUCAAAAGUCUACAUUGUUGGAGCUCUGGUAGACAGAUCCAUCCAGACAGGCUUGUCACUGGCCAAUGCCAAGCGUCUGAAGUUGGCUACGGCCCGUUUACCACUGGAUGAGUUUCUGCACUGGGACGUUGGAGCCAAAAAUCUGACUCUGGACCAGGUGAUUCGCAUCAUGCUCACCAUCAAAGAAACUGGAAAAUGGGAGGAAGCAUUAAAGUUUGUUCCUACGAGGAAACACGAUGGCUUCCACCAAAAGCUGACACAAACCGAGAAUGCCAGUAAAAGAACCACAAAUCAAGGAGAGCUGGGUGGGGAAAGGAAUUUCACCAAAGUACGCCCAUCACUGAAAACCAACAUAGAAGCUAGAAAAAGUUACAAGGUGUGGUGGCAGGACGAGUGAAUUAAUCAUAACUUUGUAAAAUAGUGUUUUUGUUAUAACCUAAAAGGUUAAAUCAAAUGUUGUAACACAUGCUUUGAGUUUUUAUGCAGGCUGAACAGAUGACAAGUACAAGCUAUAUUAAAAAGGUAAAAACUUCUUUGGUCUUUAUUUUAGUCCACAGAAAUCAAAAUGAAUAAAUAAGUUUGUAAUACUUUCAAAAUAAAAAACAUUACCUCUUA